AACAAACAAAAAAAAUCAUUCAUUUCAUAUCUCCCUUUGUUUCUCUCUUCUCUCUUCUUCUUCUGUGUGUCUGUCGUUGAAGCCAAAACGAAACAACGAAGAAGAAGAAGAAGCAUGGUUUCAACGAGACGCAACAGUGGGUCUUUCUCCAACAGUAACAAGAGGUCCUCUUCUUCUUCCGAAGACAAGACUCCUUCCCCUCCCCCUAAGCGCCAAAAGGUCGACAAUGGUGCCGCCGCGUCGGAGAAACCGAUGCCGGCGGCGGAAAAUUCCAAGGAAUUGGGCACGCCGGAGCCUCCCGCUGAUUCCGUAGAAUGCGCCGCUCAGGACGCCCAGAUCUCCGGCGCCGCCAGUCCCGACGGCAAGGCCGAGGCCACUCCGCCGAUCGCCGAUGGUUCUACACCGACUGUGGUGGCUGAUAAACCUAGGGGUUCGUUCUCUUCUUGGAGUGUACAUCCGAAGCAAAACCCAAAUUUCGAAGCUUCAGUUCCAUGGUGCAGACUCUUGUCUCAGUCUGCGCAGAAUCCGAAUGUUUUAAUUUGCACACCCAACUUUACUAUUGGCUCAAGUAGGAGUUGCAAUUUUGUGUUGAAGGAUCAGACUAUAAGUGCAAAUUUGUGCAAGAUCAAGCACACGCAGCGCGAGGGAAGUGUCGUGGCUGUGCUAGAAAGUAUGGGUAGCAAAGGAUCGGUGGUAGUGAAUGGGACUCUCGUCAAGAAGAGUACCAGCUGCAUGCUUAACUCUGGGGAUGAGGUGGUUUUUGGUUUGCUGGGGAAUCAUUCUUAUAUUUUUCAGCAAAUAAAUCCUGAAGUUACAGUUAAGGCUGCAGAAAUUCAGGGUGGCGUUGGCAAGUUUUUUCAGUUUGAGAGGAGGGCUGGAGACCUGGCUGGAGCUUCUAUUUUGGCCUCUCUUUCUAGCCUCAGACCAGAGCUUACAAGAUGGAAAUCUCCAUCUCAGACUGCCAGUAAACCUCAGCAGGGUACAGAUGUGUCUAGUCAUUCUGUUCUCCCUGAUGGUACAGAAACUGAGCUCGAUGGCCUGGAAGGCAACUCAGCUCCAAAUGUAGCGACUGAUAAAGCUUCUGAUGUUGGAACAAGUGACAAGAAUUCACCUAUGGAUUGCGAUCCAGAUGAUGCAGGCACAGAGGCAGGCAAUGUAAAAAUCUCUGGGGUGAAUGCUUUCCUAGGGCCUUUCUUCAGGGUUCUAGCUGGAUCUACUUGUAAACUGAAAUUGAGCAAAAGUAUCUGUAAACAGGUAUUUGAAGAAAGAAAUGGGACGAGGGAUGCGCAAGCUGCAUCAACUUCGGGUACUUCUGUACGCUGUGCGGUUUUUAAAGAAGAUGUCCAUGCUGCAAUACUGGAUGGGAAAGAAAUAGAAGUGUCCUUAGACAACUUCCCGUACUACUUGAGUGAGAAUACAAAAAAUGUCCUAAUUGCUGCUUGCGUUAUACACCUGAAGCAUAAAGAACUUGUGAAGUACACCACAGAUCUUACAACCAUAAACCCCCGUAUUCUACUCUCAGGACCUGCAGGGUCAGAAAUAUAUCAGGAGAUGUUGGCAAAAGCACUUGCAAAAUACUUUGGUGCUAAAUUGCUCAUAUUUGAUAGCCAUUCGCUUUUGGGUGGUUUAUCCUCCAAGGAAGCUGAGCUGCUCAAAGAUGGAUUUAGUGCUGACAAAUCCUGUGGCUAUGCUAAACAAAGUCCUACAGCCACAGACAUGGCCAGGUGCAUGGAUCCAUCAGCUAGUGAACCAGAAACGCCUAACUCCUCAAAUGCACCUACUCCAUAUGGCUUUGAGUCUCAACCUAAGUUGGAAGCUGAUAAUGUACCAUCUACCUCCGGGACAGCUAAAAAUUGUGUGUUUAAACUAGGUGACAGGGUAAAAUAUAGUUCAUCUUCUGGGGGCUUGUAUCAGCUUCAGACUAUUUCUUCAAGCAAUCGCAUAUUCAGGGGUCCAGCUAAUGGAAGUCGGGGGAAGGUUGUCUUACUUUUUGAUGAUAAUCCCUUGUCAAAAAUUGGCGUAAGAUUUGAUAAACCCAUACCUGAUGGAGUUGAUCUUGGAGGUUUGUGUGAGCCUGGUCAAGGAUUUUUCUGCAAUGUGACUGAUCUUCGAUUGGAAAACAGUGGCAUUGAAGAACUUGACAAAUUACUUAUUAAUACAUUGUUUGAGGUUGUGGUUAGUGAGAGCAGAGAUGCACCUUUCAUUUUGUUCAUGAAAGAUGCAGAGAAGUCUAUAGUUGGAAAUGGAGAUCCAUUUUCAUUUAAAAGUAGGCUUGAAAAUCUUCCGGACAAUGUGGUCGUAAUAGGUUCACACACUCACACUGACAGUCGAAAGGAGAAGUCACAUCCUGGGGGUUUGCUUUUUACAAAGUUCGGAAGUAAUCAGACUGCUCUUCUUGAUUUGGCUUUCCCGGAUAGUUUUGGAAGAUUGCAUGACAGGGGAAAGGAGGCCCCAAAGCCAAACAAAACCUUAACUAAGCUUUUCCCAAAUAAAGUGACAAUUCACAUGCCACAGGAUGAGACACUUCUAGCAUCUUGGAAGCAACAACUCGAUCGAGAUGUUGAGACUCUUAAAAUUAAAGGAAAUUUGCACAACUUACGCACAGUUUUGAGCCGAUGUGGGGUGGAAUGUGAAGGACUAGAGACCUUGUGCAUUAAGGAUCAGACACUUAGUAUUGAAAAUGCAGAGAAGAUAGUUGGUUGGGCUUUAAGCCGCCAUCUCAUGCAGAAUGCUGAAACUGAUCCUGAUGCAAAGCUUGUGUUGUCUUGUGAGAGCAUCCAGUAUGGGAUUGGGAUCUUACAUGCUAUCCAGAAUGAGUCGAAAAGCCUGAAGAAGUCUCUUAAGGAUGUUGUAACAGAAAACGAGUUUGAAAAGAGGCUUUUGGCUGAUGUUAUUCCACCUAAUGACAUUGGUGUUACUUUUGAUGAUAUUGGAGCUCUUGAAAAUGUCAAGGAUACUUUGAAGGAAUUGGUUAUGCUUCCUUUACAGAGGCCCGAGCUAUUUUGCAAAGGGCAAUUAACCAAGCCGUGCAAGGGUAUCCUAUUAUUUGGUCCCCCUGGAACAGGUAAGACAAUGCUUGCAAAGGCAGUUGCUACCGAAGCUGGUGCAAAUUUCAUCAACAUUUCCAUGUCAAGUAUCACAUCUAAGUGGUUUGGUGAGGGUGAAAAGUAUGUCAAAGCUGUUUUUUCCCUGGCUAGUAAAAUUGCUCCUAGCGUGAUAUUUGUUGACGAAGUUGAUAGCAUGUUGGGCAGGAGGGAAAAUCCUGGGGAGCAUGAGGCCAUGCGAAAGAUGAAAAAUGAAUUCAUGGUGAACUGGGAUGGCUUACGCACAAAGGAUACUGAGCGAGUUCUUGUGCUUGCAGCCACUAAUAGGCCUUUUGACCUAGAUGAGGCUGUCAUUCGGAGGCUGCCUCGGAGAUUAAUGGUAAAUUUGCCCGAUGCUCCAAAUAGAGCAAAAAUAUUAAAAGUUAUACUGGCAAAAGAGGACUUGUCUUCUGAUAUUAAUAUGGAUGCAAUUGCAAGUAUGACUGAUGGAUAUUCCGGAAGCGAUCUAAAGAAUUUGUGUGUAACUGCUGCACACCGUCCAAUUAAAGAGAUAUUAGAAAAGGAGAAAAAGGAACAGGCUGCUGCUGUAUCAGAAGGUAGACCUGCUCCAGCAUUAAGUGGAAGUGCAGAUAUCCGAUCUUUAAACAUGGAAGAUUUCAAAUAUGCUCAUCAACAGGUCUGUGCAAGUGUUUCUUCUGAAUCCAUAAAUAUGACCGAGCUUCAACAAUGGAACGAACUAUAUGGUGAAGGUGGUUCAAGAGUUAAAAAAGCAUUAAGCUAUUUCAUGUGAUAAACCCUUUGUACAAACGUUUCUCCCAUUGCUGCCUGUCUAGAAGCCUGCGUAUAUGAAGCUUUUUGCCAGCCUCAUAAUGCUUGCGGGGCUUGAUGCUGAGCUAUUUCGUCUAUAAAAAUGAAAUAUAGGUUUUUGAAGUACCUUUUUUUUUUCUCUCUUUUUUAAACCCUAACCUGUGGGAUGUUGGGUUUUGAAAGGAGUGGAGCCUUACAGAAUUUUGGCCAGGCUCUGCUGCAUGUAUUUUGUUCCUCAUCCCCUGGCUGCCACCUCUAAAAGAUGUGUGUGUUGAAAGUGUCGCACUAGAAAAAAGAAGAGUCAUAUGACCAUGUGAAAGUAUUUAUUGGCCCUCCGCUAAAACAAUAAGCAUUUAGAUCAUCCCUGCUUUCUGUUUACUGUACAUAUGCAUGAUAGAGCUCCCUUUAGUCGAAUUUCCUUAAGAAUGUAAAUCAAUGAAAAAUUUGUUGGACUUAUGCGAUGGUUCAAUUCUUUCA